UAGAGCUCCCAGCAAAGCACUCUGGCUCAGCGCUUCUUAAGGGGAGGAAAUAAAACCACCUACAACUCAACAACACAAACCUAACCCCCCUCUUUCCCUCCCUCCUGUUUCUUUCACGGACUUAAACCUGCACAGAAGCUUUUUAAGCAACUUUUCAAAAGUUUUAUUUUUUUUUCCACAACCAAAAAACAGUCGUGGCACAAACUACUGCUCGACGCAUUCAAGGAUCCUGCUCGGUCCUCCAUGAAAGAGGCAGUGCGGCAGCAAGUUUGGGGAAAAGAGAUGUCAGCGACCGUCUUGUCAGCUUUCUACGACAUGGACAUGCUUUAUAAGCAGCAAGAUAAAAGCAUGAACAUGAACGCCCUCCACAUCAACAGCAUGCUGGACAAGAAGGCGGUGGGAGCUCCGGUUGGCGCUCCCGGCUCCGGCGGCGCCUUCACGCCGGGAUUUUACCGCAGAAACUCGACCAGCAACGUGGAGGCGAUGAACAACGGCAACAAGUUCUCCAUGGGCACCUACGACAGCCUCAAGGAGAACACGCCGAGCAGCAACAGCAGCGCCACGGUCCUCAUUAACAAGGAGAACAAGUUUCGCGACCGCGCUUACAGCGAGAACGGAGAGCGCGGCGUGCUGCAGCAGAAGCCCGGCUCACAGAUCAACUCCACCCGCUACAAGACCGAGCUGUGUCGGCCCUUCGAGGAGAACGGCUCCUGCAAGUACGGCGAAAAAUGUCAGUUCGCUCACGGCUACCACGAGCUGAGGAGCUUGUCCCGCCACCCUAAAUACAAAACUGAGCCGUGCCGCACCUUCCACACCAUCGGCUUCUGCCCGUACGGUCCCCGCUGUCACUUUAUCCACAACGCCGACGAGCGCCGGCCCGCUCCGCCCGCCAACGCUAACGUGCAGACGGUGGAGCCCAGAUCGGCUCGCGAGCUCUGCGGCUACGGCCAGAGAGAGGUCCUGCCGCCGCAGCAGCAGCUCUGCUACACCCAGAGGGACAGACCAAAGCUUCACCACAGUCUCAGCUUCUCCGGCUUCUCCACCCACCACGGACUGGAGUCUCCCUUGCUCGACAGCCCGACGUCCCGGACCCCUCCGCCUCCCACCUCAGCCUCCUCCUGCACCUCCGCCCACAGCUACUACAACGACGACGUUCUGUCUCCGAACUCCGUGCCGUGCAUCAACAGUGCCUUCUCUUUCCCCGGACAGGACCUAAAAGCCUUACUGGCCCCGCUGACUGUGCACACCAGCAGCAGCUACGCCAACAACCACUCCACCGGUGCCUACUACGGGAACGUGCAGAGCAGCGUGUGCCCACCUUCCCCGCCGACCUACAACAUGAGCCACUUGCAGGCGUUGCGCCGCCUCAACGAGUCGCCGGUGUUCGAUCCUCCUCCUAGCCCGCCAGACUCGCUCUCUGACCGGGAGAGCUAUGCGAGCGGGUCCCUCAGCUCUUCCGGGAGCCUCAGCGGCUCCGAGUCCCCGAGUCUGGACGCUGGAAGACGUUUGCCAAUCUUCAGCAGGCUGUCGAUUUCAGAUGACUAAUCACACUUUUCUUUUUUCUUUAUUUUUUUUUCAUAUGGAUUAUGAUGGACGAGUCAGGGGAGGUGGGUUGUCAGUGAGUGAGAGGCUGUCCUUCAAAGCAGAGGAUCCCAGGAUCCCACCCCACUGCCCUCAUUUCAGCAGCAUCCAUCCCUGCUGAAGUGCCUUCGUGCAAGACUUUUAAAAUCUCUACCAGCUCUAAAGGUGCUGACCCUGCUCCGACCUCGCUGGAGGGGGGCAAGAGGAGAGUCUCACCCGCAGAGAUCAAUAAAGCUUCAGUUUAAAGUGUCCUUGACCUGGCAUUAGUCUAGUAUUUUUUUCUUUAUAUGUAAUAUAGCUGUAAUAAAACUUAGAUAGCAAACAGAAGGCAUUCCAUCAGUGCCUUGCCCAAGGGCUCAUGGCAGCCCUCUUCUCCCUUAUUGUUGCUCUAUCAGGCAAGCCACACUUUUCCUGGGAUUAAGUGUGUGUGUGUGUGUGCGCGUGCGUGUGUGUGUGUGUAACAUGACUUGACAAGAAGAAGAGACUGUAAGCGGUUUCAGAUUUCCUCCCAUCCUGCCAAGAAAAUGCCUUGACUUAAAGUAACAUUAUUAUUUUUUUUCAUCCUCUUCUUCUUUCCUCUCUGAAAGCUUCAACUUCCAUUCCAGAUCUGUCUCUCACCCAGCGCCACCCAGUGGUUCGUUUGGUUAGUGUAGUUUGUUGCUUGGUUAAAAAGCACUCUUGAGUUGGGCUUGUUUGGGGAAAUCACUGCUGAUGGUUGAAUAUAUAUUUUUUUAGCUGUUUCUUUUUUUUCUCUUCUUUUUUUGAGUGAUUUACAUAGCGGUGCAUAACUGGCUAUGGACUAUUUAACUUAUUUAUUAUCUUGUGAAAAAAAGUAUAGGCUACAUUGGUAAUUUGUGUCCAUACUGUAUUUAUCAAGUAUGAUGAAGCAAUAGAUCUAUAUUCUUUUAUGUUUAAAUUAUGAUCGCCAUUAUUAAUCUGCAUAAAGUGGAGUGUAUGUUCUUUUCACAGUAAUAUAUAUAUUGUUUUUUCUCCUUUUUUGUAACUUCACUUGGUUAUUU